CAUAGAAUGCCCACUCAGAUCACAUCCUGACCAAACAAAACAUAGAAACAUACAAAGCAAACUAUGGUCAGGGUGUGACAGAGUCACACUCACACACCACAUGGGUGUGGCCUGUGGCUCUAGGAACACAAUCUCAGUCUAUGAACCAUUCACACAAAGACCAGGAAGAGCUUUGCAUCCAGGGCUGCAUCUGUCACACUGUGUAACUCUCUCUUUCAACCACAUCAUUACCAUUGACUCAGUUCAUCUCUUUUCUGAAGAAAUGAAUUUCACAGAAGUAAACUCCUCCUCUCUAAACCUCUCCCACACUGUCGAUCUCAACUUUUACUGGGAAUACUGUAAGGACCUAACCUCAGUAUUCCUUGCCUGUGAACUCACAGCGUUGGCUCUUGCUUUCCCCAUCCAUGGCUACACUCUCUGGCUCAUCACCGGCUCCGCCUCCAUCGCCACGGAGAUCUUCAUUUUCAACAUGGCCGUCCUAGAGAUUGGCUACAGUCUGUUAAUCCCGCUAGCUGAUGCUGUCUACCUCCUCACAACAUAUCAAAGCCACUUCAGAGUCAUCGCCUACACCGCCUCUCUUCUCCUCUUCAGCCGUCCCGUGUUCCAGUGCUGCAUCUGUGUGGAGCGCUACCUGGCGGUGGUCCACCCUGUGGUCUUCCUGAAGUACAAACCCUUAAGGUACAGGGUUGGGUGGGCGGCCGGGGCCUGGGGGGUCACGCUGAUGUUCACCGGUACGGGUGUUUCCCUCUACACACCUCAGUUCCCCAUCCACUGCUUCCUCACCUACACCCUGCUCUUCCUAUUCGUCGAUCUAUUCUGCAGCCUCUCCAUCCUCCGUGUCCUGAAGCGCCCAAAACUGGGGCAAGGAGAGAUGGAGAGAAGAGGAGGAGGGGAAAAGGAGAAAGAAGGGAUGAACACCAUGAAGAAGAGAGCAUUCAUGAUUGUCUCUGUCGUCAUGACCACGAUGUUGAUCAACAACAUUCUCACAGUGGUCAUUUACCUUCUGUGUGACUUCAUCGCAGCCAAGGUGUUCUGCCUGCUCGAUGCCUUCAACAUGUUACUCCUGGUGUUAUGUGGGUUGGUGCAGCCCCUCUUCUACCUGCACAGGAGUAGGAAACUACCCUGCUGCCUCAGGGGCCAGUGAGUGAGAGGUGGCACAACCAUAGAAGAUGGCCGCUGGUCCACCCAUCACAGACUAUUGAUUGUUGAUUGUGAAUGUGCUUUCUAGUUAUUAUGUUUUGAUAAAAACAUAUAUAUAUAUCCCUAUGUUGAUUAAUUUUUGCAAAUGCAAUCUGUUUUCCAUGUCAAUUCAACUUAAUCACAAUGAUUAUGGGGGUUGAAUUGACGUGGAAAUAAUGUUGAUUCAAACAGUUUUUGCCCAGUGGACAUGUACUGGUUGAAUACAUACUUGACAACGCUAAACAGUGUGUGGAAUUAAGAGAUAAUUCAACUAUACUGUAGGUAGUGAAUAUACAACUGGCAGAUUGUGCAUUGUUCAGAAUGGCAGUCACACUAACCCUGCUUUGCCUAACCUUAACACUUAAGCUAACCGUAAGCCUAACCAUAACCCCUAAACUUGAAGCCCUGAAGUUGACCAAUUCUAACCUCUGGUCCUGUGUGGCUGAGUUGGUAGGGCAGUGAACCUGCAAGGGGGACCGGUAUGAAAAGAAAGUAUGUACUUACAACUGUAA